AUGAGCAUGACAUUGCACUGGGUUGCCUCACUGUUUUUUUUACUGUGCGUGUCCCUGUGUGUUCAUGGGAAUCGUGGGAGGGUCCAGCUGCCCUUUUCCGUUGUGUCGCGGAUGAGUGGAGAUUGGGGCGUUGAGGUGCACUCACCGUGUGAUCCGUUUAUUGUCGCAGGUACGCUCACAGUGGACGGUGGGACGAUGACGGUGGACUGGAUUCACGAGACCUUCGCGGGUCCUGAUUUGGAGUCGGCCGCAGACGAGGGGGAGAACAUCCUGCACGCCGGCGGGUUGCAUGCCUUCAUCACAAAUGCGUGGGAGUUGACGCCGCCGUUGUACACCGUCUGCGGCGGGGGGCAAUCGAACACUUUGAACACACCGCAUCGUCCUGGGUUGGGGAGCACGAUGGAGACGACGGAGCUUGCGGAGCAUACUGGAGUUCUUCUCAAAAAUCCCAAGAGUGAUUUGCGGGAAUGUCAAACGGCAUCACGGGAUGUGUUUAUUCGUCUGCUUGGUGGCUGCACUUACGGAAUUCAAAGCGACCACUGGAGGAUGAAGGAAUCCUUGCAAUUUGUUGAGGUGCAAUUUCAUGUGCCAAAUAUGACAAGGCAUUGCGCGGAGAUGAACGGGGCAUUUGAAGUCCAACAGGGGGCAAUAAAAAAGGAAAUGAGGGGAAACAAGGACCGAAACCCUUGGCUGGGCAGUGCCAGAGGGAGACCCAAUGAAAAGGGACAUGUCAUGGAACAAAAUGCACGGGAUGGUGCGAUUGUCAUCCGGUUAGUGCGCCGCCAGACACAAAUAAAGUCCAAAUAG